UAUUAUAAAGAAUAAUAUAGUUAAUAUAAUAAAAUGUUAGUUGAAAUCGUUAAAUAAUUAUUAAAAAAAAGCCCUUUAUAUAAUUAUUAAUAAGAUAUGUUAAGAUAUGUUGCCGCAUGCAUUGUUGGAAAUAAAGAUAGAGCUAAAUUAGGUAAUAGAUUAUAAUAAUAGAAUAAAAAUAUUAAAAAAAAUUCUGCUAGUGAUGCUUUUAUGUUAAAUUUGUUCGAUGUAAUGCUUGAAAUUGCCAAAGUUAUUUUCAAUAAAAAUGAAGAUAAAUGGCUUAAAGUACUUCCUGAGUAUUUCUUGAAUAGCUCCAGACUUAAACAUUUGUAAGAAUAAUCCCUUUAUAAUGAAAAGUUGGAAUUAGAAAACUAAAAGGGAGUAAUGGAAGUAGAAAAUUAAGAGUUCGGAACUAUUACUGUAGUUUUUUUUUUAUGUUAAUAAUUAGGACAUUUUGGAUUAAUUCCUAUUUAUGAUAACUUUAAAGAUAAUGCUGAACAAUUAUAAAGAUUAGAAAAAUAAUUUAAAAGAAUGGAUUAGAAUAAUUUUUAAUCCUCAAAAUUAGUUGAAAGUUUAUAUAAUUUCUAUAAUACAGAUAAGGAUAGAAUGCAUAAAAUUAUAAUGAGUAGUAUAUAUGCUUAAAGAAAUAUAAUACCAGCCCUUGUAAAAUUUUAUAUUGACAUUGAAUUUGCAAGUGAUAAUAUGUUUUAUUCAAAAUUUAAUUAUAGACAUUGUGUAAAUUAUCUUUUUAGUAAAUUAUGGGAAGAGAAGAUUUAUUAAGAAGAAAUAUAUAAAAUAAUAAAUAAUAAUCCUGAUUUAUUUGAAAGAUUUAUAAAUAUGGUCAUUAAUGAUUGUAAUUAUUGCACAGAUGAAGGAAUUACGAAUCUUAAGUAAAUUUAUGAUUAUUAUAAAAAAGGUGAUCCUAGUAAAUUAUCAUAAGAAGAAUAAUAAUCACUUGAUCGAUGUAUUAAUAUGGCUAAAAUAUUCAAUUAAUAAUCUAAAGAAACUAUAAAUUUAAUUGCAAAUAUGAGUAAUUGGGCACCUAAUUCAUUUUUAUCUGAUACUUUUCUUGAACUUAUUGUAACAAUGUUAUAUAAUUUUUUAAUGAAAAUUAUGGAUCCUUCCUUAAAUUAAUAUAAUUAAAAAGAUUAUUCUUUUAGUCCAAACACUAUGUUAAGGGAUUUAGUUACUAUAUAUGCUAAUUUAUCAUUUUCAAAUUAAUUUAUUAAUAAAAUAACUCUCACACAUUCUUUCGAUAUUGAGUUGUUUGAUAGAACUUUAAAAAAAGCUAAAAAAGAUCAACUAACUCCUUACGAUAUUUAAGAAGUGUUUCUUUAGUUUUUAAAUUAAUUAAAUAUAUAAUAAAAAUAAGUUUCAUAACCAAAAAAUAUGGAUGAAGGCGAUAUUACAGACGAAUAAUUAGAAGAUGCUUUUCAAGGUGAAAUUCCAGAUGAAUUUUUAUGUGCUUUAACAUUUAGUCUACUUAAAGAUCCUGUUUAAUUACCUUCAUCUGGUUAACUUGUAGAAAGAUCUAUUAUAAAAAAAGCACUUUUAGAUAAUGAAAUUGAUCCUUUUAAUAGAUAAAAAUUGAAAAGAGAUUAACUUGUGGAAGUUCCUGAGCUAAA